GAGCCUGGCCCGUUGCGGGCGGCCGAGGCGGCGGGGGCGUGCGCGGGAGCGAGUCUGCGGCCCGGAGCGGGAAUGUCGAGGAGUUCGAAGGCGGUGCUGGGCCUCUCGGUGCUGCUGACGGCGGCCACGGUGGCCGGCGUGCAUCUGAAGCAGCGGCAGGACCGGCAGAGGCUUCGUGAUGGAGUGAUCAGAGACAUUGAGAGGCAGAAUCAGAAAAAAGAAAACAUUCGUCUUUUGGGAGAACAGAUUAUUUUGACCAAGCAACUUGAAGCAGAAAGAAAGAAGAUGUUGGAGAAAGGAUCUCAAAACACUUGACUUGAAAAAUGGAUGGCAGUGCUGAGUUCCUGUAUAUAAACGUGGACAUAGUGUGUGACAGAACAGCU